AUGAGUCGCUUCGUUAAUAUCCUAGGCAGUUCUGCGUUCACCGCUUAUAGCAAUCCAAAUAUACAGUCAUGCCUGCCUAAUGACCUAACAGUCUACUGGCAUCAAUACCCGUACAGUUUGGGCAUUGUUUUCUGCAAAUUACGAGCUUUGAUAUCAGAGGCAGCGAGUUAUGUAUCAGUGCUAACAAUAUCAGCGUUCACAUUGGAACGAUAUCUGGCGAUAUGCCACCCCCUACAUCUGUAUGCCAUGGCUGGGCUGACAAGAGCCUCCAGAAUAAUAUUAGUUUUAUGGGUCGUCGCGUUCGUCUGUGCUUCACCGUUCGCUAUGUACUCAGAUAUCAGCUAUCGGGAUUAUCCACCAAAUUCUGGCAACAUUUCGCUGGAUUCUGCAUUUUGCGCUCUGAUGGCGUCUUCACCACUACUGGAGCUUAGCAGUAUAUUUUUCUUCUUCUUGCCGGCAAUUUUCAUCCUUUGCUUAUACGUGACUAUGGGCUGUCAUAUCAGAUCGACCCGCAUAAGUAAGAAGACAAAAAGCCUGUUGAACGGGCAGAUUCACGGAGAAACACGACAGGCGAAGUCGAGGAAAGCCAUCAUUAGAAUGUUGGUGGCUGUGGUGAUAGCUUUCUUCGUAUGCUGGAGUCCAUUUCACGUGCAGCGCCUGUUCUACAUCUACGGGUAUAACUUGGCGCAAUUUCACGUGAUCAACGAACAUCUAUUCAACGUAGCUGGGGCUUUGUACUACGUGUCCGCUACGGUCAAUCCUAUACUUUACAACGUCAUGAGUGCCCGGUAUCGUCUUGCAUUUAAGGAGACGCUCUUCUGUCGUAAAGUAUCCCGCAGGAGCUCCACAUUCGAGCAAUCUAGAAGAGAAACCACGAUGUCCAGUAUGACCAAAGUUAAGACAAGCUUCUACAGAGAGAGUCGUCACGGUAAGGUAGAUUUCGUAAAAGACGACCAUGGACCCUUUUGUAUUGAGACGAAAGUCGACGAAGAAGUCAUAUUUUAUUAUACCAAUGACAAACCGAUGGCCAGUGGCUUGGAACUUGAUGCAAUAAAACUUGAAAACUAA